GUGGUUCAACCGGGUUCAACACAUCGUAGUUUUAUCCUCCUACUUCUUCAUUCCAACGGCUGCUGCGGUCUGUACAGCACAAACUCUUCUCUCGGUUACGCAAAGCUCAACCAUGGCUGGCAGAGGAACAGUGAAGCCACUCAGUGGAUUCAAUGCUAAUAAUGAUGCUGAGGUUCUCUACAAGGCCAUGAAAGGAAUUGGCACCGAUGAGGAUGCUAUUAUCAAGCUGGUGACAGCACGCAGUAAUGCACAGCGCCAAGAAAUCAAAGCUGCAUUCAAAACUCUGCAUGGAACGGAUUUGGUGGAUGAUUUGAAGUCCGAGCUCACUGGGAAGUUGGAGUCUCUGAUAGUAGCUCUGAUGACUCCUCCCAUCAUGUUUGAUGUCACAUCUGUGCGGAAUGCUAUUAAGGGAGCAGGCACAGAUGAGAAAGUGUUGAUUGAGAUCUUGGCAUCUAGAUCGGCCAAUGAAGUCAACGAGAUCAAAAGUUUAUACAAGCAAGAGCAUAAAAAUGAACUGGAGAAAGAUGUGACUGGUGACACUGGAGGUCAUUUCGAGAGGAUGCUGGUUGUUUUGCUACAAGCCAGCAGACAGCAGGGUAUACAGGAGAACCUCGUUCAAAGUGAUGCUCAGGCUCUGUUUGCCGCGGGAGAAAAGAAGUGUGGAACUGAUGAAAGCCAGUUCAUCACUAUACUGGGAAACCGUAGUAGUGCUCACCUUAGGAAAGUGUUUGAGGAGUACAGAAAGCUCUCAGGGUAUGAGAUAGAGGAGAGCAUCCAGAGAGAGACCUCAGGAACCCUCCAAGAAGUAUUUCUGGCUGUUGUGAAGUGUGCCCGCAGUUUACCAGGGUAUUUUGCGGAGAGCCUUUACAAAGCCAUGAAGGGGGCAGGCACCGAUGACCAGACAUUGAUCAGGAUCAUGGUGUCCCGCAGUGAGGUGGACAUCCUGGAUAUACGUGCUGAAUUUCGCAAGAAGUUUGCAACCUCCCUGCACAAAAUGAUUAAUGGUGAUACCGCAGGUGACUACCGUAAAGCCCUUCUGCUCCUGUGUGGCGGUGAUGAUGCAUAAGCCUUCCGUGCUUUCUGCCUGGGUCAGAUCCCAUGUCUCCCAACUCAGGGGCAGCUCUGUGGGACAAGGGCUCAGUCAGUCCCCUUCUGAACCCAAUUCUGGACCAAUUACAAAUGCAUGACAUUCCAAAUCAAUAGAAGGAUCUCUUGUCCAACUGUGAAGAUGCUCUGCAUAGCACAGAAUUACCUAAUUCAAACGAGCGAAUUUUUGCAUUCAUAUUUUUUGAAAUGUGUAAAAGAUUAAGAGUAAGAAAUAAUUUUAGUAGAAACAAAAAAAAAAUUUGAAAAAAAUAUGAAACCAUUCUCUUUACAGUAAUCAAAGAAUAAUUUAUAAACCUUCUCUGAUUGAUUUGGCCUUAACUUGAAAUCUGUUACAGAAAAAGAAAGUCAUACUCUUCUCUUUUGAGAGAUGAAGAUGCAAGCCUUAAAAUUUCUUAUGAAAAUGCCUGUUAACCCAGCACUAUUAAGUCCAAAUAUUCAGGUGUAUUCAAUGAAGCGAUAUUUUCUAUGUAUUCAACAAGUUUUCACUUAUUUAUUGUUUGUAUGCUCACUAACUACCUUGACAUGUCAGUUUAUAGCAAUAUAGUAGUAUAACCACUAGUCUUAUAAUUGGCAUAAUAAUCAAGUUUAACCCUAAAACCGUAUUCUGGACAAAUGUGGGGAAAAUAGUUUUGA